UGCGCGUUCCGAUUUAGGGGGAGCGCCAGCGAAAGCUGUCUAACGUCGAGCCGCGGGGCCAUGUCACGGGCGGCGCUCGAGUAAAAAAAAAGAAGGGCACGCCACAAACACGCGGCCGAUGCUGGACCGCUGCAGACCAAGUUGACUCCCUUCGAGGGCGGCUACACCGGACGGCAGAGUGAAAGGCCCCCGCGUAAGCGGCCUUACAAGGAUCACUGUGUCGUUGGUUCCAGCCAACGAAUGUUCCAUCCCACUGAACAACCCCCAGGCUGCACAGGAAGCCCUCCAUGCCACGUCUCCAGGCCCACCUCUUUACCGGAACAUCACAGACGUGAGUCAACUCGGCCGUGGAGGUCGCCAUGGUCUACCGGACGCCUGGAGCCCGCCGACAACACCACGCUACCCAAUGCCACCAUUGGACUAUCCGAAGAGCAGAUCCAGAUGCAGCGAACAGCUGCCGAGUUUGCUGAGAAGGAGAUGCUUCCAAAUAUGAUGGAAUGGGAUGAAAAGGAACACUUCCCUGUGGAUGCAAUGAGGAAAGCAGCUGGACUUGGCUUUGGGGCUAUUUACAUUUCAGAUGAAUAUGGAGGGUCAGGGCUGAGUCGCCUUGAUGCUUCGGUGAUAUUUGAAGCCCUUGCGAAAGGUUGUGUCAGUACGACUGCUUACAUCAGCAUCCACAACAUGGCACUGUGGAUGAUUGAUGCUUUUGGGAGUCAGGAUCAGAAGCUGAAGUGGCUUCCCGAGUUGUGCACAAUGGAGAAGUUUGCAUCAUACUGCCUGACAGAGCCAGGCAGUGGCAGUGAUGCUGCCUCGCUGGUCACCACAGCCAAGAAGGAUGGGGACGACUACAUCUUGAAUGGCACCAAGGCAUUCGUCAGUGGCUCGGGUGCAAGCCAUGUGUACGUGGUAAUGUGCCGAACCGGCGGUUCAGGCGCAAAAGGCAUUUCGACAGUUGUCGUCGAGAAAGGAACACCAGGCCUGAGCUUUGGCAAGAAAGAAAAGAAGCUUGGGUGGAACACACAGCCAACACGAGCAGUGAUCUUUGAGGACUGCCGAGUGCCUGUCUCUAACCGGCUUGGCGAGGAAGGCCAGGGCUUCUCCUUUGCCAUGCUGGGACUCAACGGCGGACGUGUCAAUAUCGCAUCCUGUUCCAUGGGAGCUGCAGCUGCUAGCAUCGACAUAGUAAAGGAACAUUUGAAGGUUCGCAAGCAGUUUGGAAAGCCCCUUGCCUCUUACCAGAACAACCAGUUCAACUUGGCAAAGAUGGCUACAGGGCUGCAGACAUCACGUCUGAUUGUGAGGCGAGCAGCGCAGUCCAUAGAUGACGACACUCCAGACAAGAUGACGUUGUGUGCCAUGGCCAAGCUUCAUGCCACGGAAGUUGGUUUUAAGAUCACCAACCAGGCCCUCCAGAUGAUGGGUGGUUAUGGCUUCAUCAAGGAGUACCCGAUCCAGCAGUAUCUGAGGGACCUAAGGGCGCACUUAAUUAUUGAAGGAACCAAUGAAGUAAUGAAGAUGGUGAUAUCGAGGGAUAUACUGCAAGGCUGAAUGCAGUCAACGGCACACAUGUAAAGAAAAAGCCAGAGAAAAGAUUGUGCAGAAACCAUCGAUGAUGAUUGUAAAUGUGAGCAAAUAGUCCAAACAAGCAAGCGAUCAAGAACGAGACGGAGAGUGUGAGAACAGACGCUUUCCUUGCCGAGUCUGACCAUCGACCACCUGCCAACCAUGACAGCAGCUGAAUGAGUCAAAGAAAGCUAUUCACCUUAAAAGCUUAUGUUCCACCUUUAAAUUUCUUGCUGAAUUUGCACAGUGCGACCAUGGGCCAUCUUUUGUAACAAUUAGUAUUUCUC